AUGCUGUCGAUUAUCGACGACCCAGCGCUGCCCGUGCGUUUUCUGAUAUUGGAUUGCCCAACAGAGAGUACACUGGGCUUCUAUAUCGAGCAGUUCAUCAACCUGAACGUCCAUGCCGUCGUCCGCUGCUGCCAGCCGACCUAUAGUGCGAUCCGCUUGUCGGAGCAUAAUAUUGAUGUCGUUGAUUUGCCUUUCAAGGAUGGUGGUGUGCCAUCGCCAGCCUUGGUCCACGAUUGGAACCUGUUGAUAGAGAAGGUGCGACUGAAUGCAGCUCCUUCUGAGCCAGUCAAGGCAACGAUCGCCGUUCAUUGCGUCGCCGGUUUGGGUCGUGCACCCGUGCUGGUUGCUAUCGCAUUGAUAGAGGCAGGGAUGGAUCCUUUGGAUUCCAUCGAAAAUAUCAGAAGUAAGCGUCGUGGUGCUUUCAACAAACCACAGAUUGCGUAUUUAGUAAGUGCUUUCAACCCCUUGCUUUCUUUUCUCUACUAUCCCCCACCCCUUCUUUUCCGUUCUUUCUCUUUUCCGGCCCUGACGAUAAAGGAGAAGGUUUAUUUAUAAAUGCGUUUUCUUUGAUACAUCAGGAUUCCUAUAAGAGAACCACGAAGCACAAGCCCAGUAGCCCUACUUGGAGAGCGUCCCUUGGUAAAAUGUUUAGAAUGUCAUCCACAUGACUGUAUGACCCCUCUAGUGGUACUACUACUACUACCAAGAGUAUUCUGUUUUGCAUAAUAAAUACGAAAAUAAGAUUCCGAUGGACCAUUGAGAAGCUUGGUAUAUAUU